AUGUUCUCAUUCGUGUUCUUUGAGUUGCAGGUGAGCGUCGCACUGGGCUGCGCCUACCGUGGCCGGACCAUUGCCUUUGCCAGCACCUUUGCUGCCUUUUUGACCCGAGCAUUUGAUCAGAUCCGGGCUGGAGCUCUCGCUGAGAUGAACGUCAACCUUAUCGGUUCCCACUGUGGGGUGUCUGUUGGUGAAGAUGGCCCCUUGCUGAUGGCCCUGGAGGAUCUGGCCUUGUUCCGAGCCAUCCCCAACUGCACUAUUUUCUAUCCAAGUGAUGCCGUCUCCACAGAACGUGCUGUUUAUCUGGCGGCCAGUAAUAAGGGAAUGUGCUUCAUUCGGACCAGCCAACCAGAAACUGCAGUUAUUUAUACCCCCCAAGAAAAGUUUGAGAUCGGACAGGCCAAGGUUGUCCGCAAAAGUGUCAAUGACAAGGUCACGGUUAUUGGAGCUGGAGUUACUCUGCACGAAGCCUUAGAAGCUGCUGAUAAUCUUUCUAAAGAAGAUAUUUUUAUCCGUGUCAUCGAUCUGUUUACCAUUAAACCCCUGGAUGUUGCUACCAUCAUCUUCAAUGCAAAAGCCACAGGCGGCCAGAUUAUCACAGUGGAGGAUCACUACCCAGAAGGUGGCAUUGGGGAAGCUGUCUGUGCAGCCGUCUCCACAGAACGUGACAUCGUGGUGCAUCAGCUGGCAGUUUCGGGAGUGCCUCAGGGUGGCAAACCGCAGGAACUGCUGGACAUGUUUGGAAUCAGUGCAAAACACAUCACUGUGGCCGUGAAAUGUAUUGUAAUGGACUAAAGUAGCUUGCCGGCUUUGGUCUGAGAAAAGUAGCCUCUUUAUACAUUUAUACUUGUUCCAAAACUAUCCUUUAAAUAUAUACUGCUGUGCUUUGUUCUCUUUAAAGCAAAGCCAGUUAAUAUCUUUCUUUAUUCCCGAUUCAGAAGUUCAAGAUAACUACUUUUCUUUUAAACCAUGGCCGCAUAUACAGAUGUUUCUGUCAUUUUCAGUCAUUUAAAGUGUUACAAAAAUUUAAGUAACAAAAUAGCUAACAAAACCACCACCUGAUACUGUUUUCUGAUAAGACUACAGAUAACUGGGUUGAGGAUCUGUGUAGAGUUAACAGUUUCUUCAGUGUAUUUUGCUUGGAAGUAAAGAAAAUGUGACUUGAAUUGUAUACUUCUGUAGCCCAGAUUUUGCAGCACUAUAACACCGUGAUACAUACUGCUGUCCCCAGUCUGAGAUUCCAUGUGCUGCUGUCCUACCUGCAGCGUCCUGGGUAAUGUGUGACUGCAGUUGCCCUGGAGUUCCUCUGAUGUUUGCCUUCAUCUCCCUUUCACAGUUCAGAGGCUGAGUAGCAGUGAAAGCUGUUAGGAUGUCCUGGGUUGCUUGUAGGGACUGUUCUGUGAAGAGAUUACAGCUGCUUCUGGUGUCCACACUAUUGUUCAAGUCAAGUUAAUAAAGCAUUUCAAAACUAA